CAUUGUGGGUAUAUUGUGUUUCCUGGUAGACCCACUGACGGAGUCGGUCAGCUGUUGUAGGGAAGUUUUGACAUAGUUUGGUAGCUUUUAUCUAACGUCUUACUUCUAGAGAACUAAACUCCCGGCGCGGCCCCUUUCGCCCCGUCAUCUGUCUACUUCAUCGAGAGCCAUCCUGUAAAUUCAUCCGGUUCAUCACUUCACAUUUAUAAAAGUAACUGAGAAAGUAACUCGCCGGAAGUUUCGGAAUGAGUUUGAACGAGCACUCCCUGCAGGCUCUGUCAUGGAGAAAACUCUACCUGAGUCGAGCCAAGUUAAAAGCCACCAGUCGCACCUCGGCUCUGUUGUCCGGGUUCGCGAUGGUUGCCAUGGUGGAGGUGCAGCUGGAUCGCGAUCAUAAGUAUCCUGAUGGGUUGCUGAUAGCCUUCAGUGCCUGCACCACAGUUUUGGUUGCCGUACACCUCUUCGCCCUCAUGGUCAGCACCUGCAUCCUUCCUAAUCUCGAGGCCGUCAGCAACGUUCACAACCUCAACUCUGUCCACGAGUCCCCCCACGAGCGCAUGCACCGCCACAUUGAGUUGGCCUGGGCCUUCUCCACAGUGAUCGGCACCCUCCUCUUCCUGACGGAGGUGAUGCUCUUGUGCUGGGUGAAGUUCUUGCCCCUCGAAACAAAACUAAACAACAGCACCAUAAGCUCUGGUCAGGCCGCAGCCAUCGCUUCCACCUGCAUCAUGGUGCCGUUUGGCAUCGUUUUUAUCGUGUUCGCCAUCCACUUCUACCGCACACUCGUCAGCCACAAAACGGACCGGCAGAUCAAAGAGCUGGAGCAGGUCAUUCAGCUCCAGAACCAGCUGGACCACAGGGGUGAGAAUGACGAUCUGAAGGUCACCCUCAAUUUCCCCUGAAGAUAUAUUCUGUUGCAUCAACGCCAGCAGACAUUCAACAAUGCCGUUAUUGUGAAACACCUUAUACAAGCUUUAUUUUUAUUAUCUUUUUGGCUAUGAACUUUGCUCCAAUGUUUUUUUUGGGAUGGCAGGUGGGAUUGCAAGCUUAAUCCGUCUAGCUUUGUAGGGUGCACCUGUGGCCUGAUUAUCUUCCCGUGGCGGAUUGCAGAGAUUUCUCCCGUUUGCCUUGCUUUAAAUUAGCUUUUGUAGGGAAUCUUACCAAGCAUGUGUUAUAUAAGACCCAAUUUGCACAUUAAACCACAGCUGAGAGUUCACAACUUAAAUACAAAAUACUGAAAUGUUAUAUUAAUUUACCGGCUGAAUGCAGUAAAACCAAAUAUAAGGAUUAGGUUCCUUUUAAAACUAUUUUAUGCUCCUGUGGUUGUGCAGCUUUUUACUCAACAGACUAUUGAGUAAGACUUUUUCGUAGAAACAUUUUAUUUUGCCUUUCUUGUUUGUCUCAAAAUUGCUCAAGAUUUGAGCAAAGUAUUUUCUAAGUCUUUCAAAAAUCAAAUGAAAUGUAUCAGUCCUACUGUAUAUUUGUGCAAUCGAAGGCAAAACAUCCGUUGUUAAAAAAAAAAGGGAAUACUGUGUCUUACUGCAGUGCAAAUAGUUCUAUGGCAAGUGUUUAGCAACAACCAAAAUGACUUAUAGAGCGCAGCCUUUUGAGCCUGACGUCUGUGUCUCUGUAAAAGGACAAGAUUGUUUGUUUUUUUUGUUUUCAAGCUACAUUUGUGAAUAUAGUGUAAUCUGAUAAAGUGUUACUGGCUCCUAAGAUAGCAUGUACGUGUUGGAAAUGCUGUGUCUGUAUAUUUUGUGUGUAGUUUACAAGCGUUGAGCGUGUUCGUACGUUUUUGGGUUACAGUAGAGUGUGAAAUAUAGGAUGUGUUCUUUUUGUCCUUGUGGCACACUGUUGAAAGGUUUAAAUUGGGUUUGACCCUUUUUUAUCACCUUUACUGCAAACUUGGAAAACAAAAAACUAUGUUCAAGAUGAAUACUGUAUGAUACUGUAAUGAUAUCUAGGAAACGUCAUGGUCAUUAUUGCAGUUAUAAUUUUAUAACCAUUCUCUAACACAUGCUUUGUCUCAAAGUUAUCUACCAGCUCCAAAAUUUGGCUUCCUUCUGUUUAUGAUGUUUCUGGAAAAACUUUUCAAAAGGAACGAAAUAAAGACUAGUUCAUUAAUAUGAACUGCACACUCUUUAGAAAUCUAUAAAUGCAAACGUAGGCCUGUUUCUUUUGUUCAUUGUUUGUGUUUUUUUAUACGUUUGUAAGUUACUGUCUAGUAGGGUCCCGCUCAACAAAAGGUCAAAAGCACAGCUUUACAAUGUUUGGUUUUGAGUAAAUACUGUAUUUUAAGUUUUGCUUAUGUGUUUUGUUUUACUGUAGCAUGUAAAAUCUGGCCUUUUUGUGGUUGAUACCAGUUUGAGAAUAAAACUAUACUGAGAUAAGUUG